AUAGUACAUAUACCUACGUAAUUGUAUUGUUUAAUUUCUGCAAUCUGCAUUGUGUGCAUAAAAGGUGUUUUGAGGUUUAUAUAAAAUAUAUUUGUAGUUCUGGUGUGGUGAUUGGAGUUUUGUUAAGUAGAUACUCCGCUUUGCAUUACUGAUGUAGAAAGUCAACAAGAUGCUUGGCCAGUUUAAUAACGUCGGUGUUCGCGAUUGCAAUGGAACUAAACUACGGUAUGAUCAAGCUUGUUUAGAAAUAAUUACUGAUGGCCCAAUUGCUUUCUGGAGCCAGUAUGAGGAGUGUGAAGAUUGCAUGUUGUUGGAGACUGCCAACUUGAAGAAGUCAGGUCCUGUAGUCCUAGAAACGAUCAGUCCCGUCCGAUUUGCUAUACGCAGCGCAGAUAAUGAAAUUUGCAAUGGUACCUACGAAUUUGAAGAGUUUGGUCAGUAUAGCAUCAAUGUUGCAAAUGACAGUCUUAACUGCCAGCCCCGGAUGACAGCAGAACCUGAUGCGGCUUACCUCCCAAUACUUACGGCGGUAGUUGUGUUGUUGUCUUUGGCCACACUCUGGUAUAUUGUUAAAGGAAUUCUUAAGAUAAUCAUCGCUGGACGCUUCUAUUCCAGAUACUUUGCAAGAGAGGACAAUGAACUGGGCUCCGAAACACGCGUGAUAGUCUCAAGUGAACCUAGAUCCCCUACUAGAUCUAGGCUGCGGUCGCUAGACAUAUUUAGAGGAUUCUCCAUUGCGCUUAUGAUAUUCGUGAAUGCCGGAGGCGGUGGCUAUAGUAUAUUCACUCACGCUGCCUGGAACGGAUUGACAGUUGCUGAUGUGGUCUUCCCAUGGUUCGCCUUCGCUAUGGGCGAGUCGUUGGUCUUGUCACUUAACGCCCGGCUGAGGACGUCUUUGCCGAGAAUCGAGGCUCUUAAACAGAUGGCACAGAGAUCCCUAUUAAUGUCCAUAGUAGGAAUCUGCCUAAGUUCAGUGAAUGUGUCCUGGUACGAUGUCCGCUGGCCCGGAGUGUUGCAGCGCUUGGCCGCUAUGUACCUCAUUGUUGGUGCUCUCGAGUGCGCCUUUAUGAGGGCCAGCCAGAAUAUCACGCCAGGUCGAUCCCUAUUCCGUGAUAUCGCUGCGGGCUGGCAACAAUGGCUGGCCACGAUUCUUUUGGUUGCUAUUCAGGUGUGUAUAACAUUAACUGUGUCGGCGCCGGGUUGUCCCCGCGGGUAUGUGGGACCCGGAGGUCUUCACCGCACUGCAUUAGGUGAUUUCUCGCUGGUCAACUGCACUGGUGGUAUCGCAGGAUAUAUUGACAGAUUAAUCCUUGGCUCUUCUCACUUAUACAAGGGUGGCAGCUUCCGCAAGAUCUACAUGCCCUUACAGCCCCAUGAUCCCGAAGGAUUGUUGGGAAUUCUUUCGGGCGUGCUAGUCGUGCAGGCGGGCGCGCACGCAUCGAGAAUUAUGCUUGUGUAUAACCACGCCAGGGCAAGAAUAAUGCGUUGGGUGUUCUGGUCGAUUGUAUUCAGCGUAGUUGGUGGCGCCCUCUGUGAAUUUUCCAAAAAUGGAGGAGCAAUCCCAAUUAACAAAAACCUUUGGUCCGUGUCUUAUUGCUUGGUGACAGCUGGAAUGGCGUUCUUUAUACAGGCCGUGUUAUAUUUCUUGGUGGAUUUGAAGACGAAGUGGGGUGGUCGCCCCUUGUAUUAUGCAGGACAAAAUGCCCUCUUCCUGUACAUCGGUAGUGAGCUUCUAAAGCGUCAUUUCCCGCUAUACUGGCAUGUUCCAAACCCAACACACAGCCAAUUACUGGCAACACACGCGACCGCCAUGUUGAUUUGGCUGGCCGUCGGUGUUGCCCUACAUAGGAAGCGGAUCUUUAUAACGCUCUAAUAUUUGUUGCCAAAACAUAAACAUAGAGAAUGGACAGCGUUAAUUGGAACGUCAAAUAUGAUACGCAGAGUUGAAAAUGAAUGUGACUUUAGAACAUGUUUUAUACACUGAAGUGAGACUAUUUGGAUUAAAGGUACAAGAAAGAUAUGAGAGACAAAAAGGGGCAUAUUUUAGAAAGGCGUGAUAAUAAUCUUAUUAGCUAGGACCCAGGUAGUGGUAAUUUGCAGAAAUGUGACCCGCUAUUGUAAUACAAAUCUAAGCGACAUGGUUCGGCUUGGUCACGUGACCAUUUCAAUAUAAAUUCGAGUAUAGCAACUCAUCUAUGUCAAUUUACUUAGGUCCCUGAUCUUUUUUUUGAAAUUAUAUAUCCUAAUUCAUUCUCUAUGUUGCAUAUGCAACGGCUUUUAUGUAUACUGUGCAAAAUUUUCGGUAACUUGCAUUUCAUACUGCACACAAUACAUAGAAGCAGUAUUUGGGUCAUUUAGUAGCGGUAGCUAUGGACAUAACUUGACUAUAUGGAUACGGUUCAGAGACAAUUUUUCGUGCGAACCAACGUUCCCAUACGCCCUGAAUGUCAUCUGUCAAACGGUCAGAUUCUGGAUUUUGACAGAUAGAAAAAUAAACUCGCGCUAAAAUUUGUAUAUGAAUCGUACCUUAAAAUUUGACCAUUCUUAACAUAAUAUUUUCAAAGUUUUUCUCUAAAUACUAGGAAUGUAAGAUCUGCUAUAAAUCUAAAGACUGUAUUAUUCCAAGAAUUGGCUGUUGAUACAUUAAGUUUUGCUAAUUGAUAAAUAAGUGCCUAGAACUCUUGUAAUACAUAUAUAGCCAACAUAUUUUUUUAACCUUGUAUGUUGCCUACUUAAAACUAAUGCAGUUCAAAUGUAAUUAAAACAAAUCAGUUAUGAAAUUGGUUAAUGUGCUAAAUAUAAUUUGUUCUUAACAUAUAAUUCAAAAAACACCAAUGAAAAUUAAGGAAACAUUUUUUUUAAAAUUAGAUAUGAUUUUAGAAUAUUUUUUAUUUCUUUAGUUUUUAGUUAAAUCUGUACUAAGGUUGCACAUUAUUCUUCUUUUUUUAUUUAGAUGUGUUUUUAAUUUAGUAAAUAGAACUAAAUUUCAAUUAUUAUUUUCAUGUAUAACAUAUUAUAACCAGUAAACACAGAUAGUUGAUAGUAAAACAUAUAAAUUUUACUUUAUUAAUAAUUUCAUGAUAUUAAAAACUGUUUAUAAUAAAAAUAUAUAAAAUGUUGA